AUGAAAACUACGAGAUAUGCCACUUCUCGACAAAAAGCUUGCCAACAAUGUGUCAUCGCCAAGGCAAGAUGUGACCACAAUGCAAGAAUCUGUGGUAGAUGCGUUCAGCGAGGUCUCUCUUGCAUCUAUCCGCGGGCAAUUUCUUCUGAGGCUUCAACUCGACGCACGCGUGGCCAUGAUGAUGCAGAACCGUACAGCCCAUUCUCUGCAUCUGCCGGCGGUCUCCUUUUAACCCCCGAGCGUGAGAUACCUGUUGGAGAUAACUCGAUGGGUCAGACAAUGACUGGCAGUGUCCUCGUCAACAACUGCGCGACGACCGCCACAAAGGCUCAAUUUCCUCUUGGUCCAAAGCUUCAUGCGGCCGUUCGCAUGUCUGCAGACUCAAAGGAGUCCGAGGCUUUAAACUUUUCAAGUCUUGACCUCGUCUGUCCUAUUGAUGUCGAUAGCAUUAGCAACCGCUGGCUGAAUGUUUACAUCCCCGUCCCCGGGCAGGCGCUCAAAGAAUAUCCUGCCCACAUCAACGCUUUCAUCUAUCGGAUUCUCAAGUCCUUCGCGGCUGCCACCAUCGGCGGCCAUGGAAUUCCACCCUUUCUGCACUCGUCACAGAUGGUGGAUUUAGCAAUAAGCCCACCGCUCUCUGCUUGCCUUAGCCUCGUUCGCAUCUGCCAAACGCCUUUACCCGGGAGUGAUGGCGUCGUGGCGGACAUCCUGCAGCGGGAGAUGAACAACCUGUACGAGCAACACGGAACGUAUGAUGACAUGGUUCUGCUUGCUGCAUUUCAAGCCUAUUUGAUUUACGCUAUGGUGUUGUUCUUUCAGCUCCGGCAAGGUUCCCAUCCCUUCCUCCGCCAGGCGAUGAUGAACCUUCAAGAGCUUGCAUGUGCAAGUUCUCGGCGAGGUCUCAUGUGUUCGGCGGAACUGCAACAUGUCCGUCCCCGAUGGGAAGCCUGGAUCGUCGCCGAGGCCAAGCGGCGGACAUUGUACACAAUGUAUCUUUUCGACAGCGUCUUGUCGACCCAAGAUGGUCUCCCGACCUUCCUUGGGACGGAGCUGCGGGGAUUGCUCGCUCCAGCAAACAAACUCUUGUGGCAAGCACAAUCUCGACACGAGUGGGAAGUGGUCUACAACCUGUACUUGGCCGAAUGGACCGGUGGAGGCCUUCGUAUUGAUGAACUUUGGCCCAUCCCUGCCGAUUUGGCCGAGGCCGCCAUUCUCGAACGACGCAGCAGAGUGGAUAAAUGGCUGGAAAACUUAGAUGAAUAUGGAACAAUGCUCUAUGCGGUUACGAGUUGUACACAUGGUGGUUGA